AAAAAAAUAUUACUGGCACGUUAACCUACCAUCUCACCGCAGGUCAGUACAAAUACCGAGGAUUUGGAGAAAGCAGCGGUGGCAAUUGACGUGGGGAUUUAACCCCCUUCCGAACGCAGUGCUGGGCGAAAAAGACCCCUGUGCAGCAGUGCAAAUAUGGCGCCGAGGGGUGUCUGGUGUGUGUUGUUGACCUGUCUCUUCUGCACAUCCUCCGCUGACAAAGAUUUCUUCACCUCCAUCGGUCAGAUGACAGAUCUGCUGUACACAGAAAAGGACCUGGUCACCUCUCUGAAGGAUUACAUCAGAGCAGAGGAGAGCAAGCUGGAGCAAGUCAAAAAGUGGGCUCAGAAGCUGGACGUGUUGUCGGCCACGGCCACUCAGGACCCAGAGGGCUUCCUGGGCCACCCGGUCAACGCCUUCAAGCUGAUGAAGAGGCUCAACACAGAGUGGGGAGAGCUGGAGAGCCUGGUCCUCAAGGACAUGUCUGAUGGGUUCAUCUCGAACCUGACCAUCCAGAGACAGUACUUCCCCAAUGAUGAUGACCAGACGGGGGCAGCCAAGGCCCUGAUGAGGCUGCAGGACACCUACCGACUGGACACGCAAACCAUCUCCACGGGAGAGCUGCCUGGAACCAAUACUGAUGUCACUAUGAGCCCUAUGACGGUGGAGGACUGCUUUGAGCUGGGGAAGAUAGCCUACUCUGAUGCAGACUACUACCACACGGAGCUGUGGAUGGAGCAGGCCCUGAAACAGCUGGACGGGGGAGAGGAGUCCACUGUGGACAUGGUGACCAUCCUGGACUACCUCAGCUACUCCAUCUACCAGCAGGGGGAGCUAGAGAGGGCCCUGGACUACACCAAAAGACUGCUGAAAUUGGACUCUGCCCACCAGCGAGCCAACGGCAACCUGAAGUACUUUGAGUACCAGCUGGCCAAGCAGAAGAAGGUGGAGGCGGAGGAGGGCCUGAAGGAGAAGGAGAAAAGAGAGAGGGAGAAGAGGGAGGCGUCUGAGAAGAAGGGCAGACCUGCAGACUACCUGCCUGAGAGGAGGAAGUACGAACAGCUGUGUCGCGGCGAGGGCAUCAAGAUGACCCCGCGGCGUCAGAGUCGUAUGUUCUGCCGUUACUUUGACAACAACCGCCACCCCCUGUACGUGCUGGGUCCGGUCAAGCAGGAGGACGAGUGGGACCGCCCACGCAUCAUCCGUUACCACGACGUCCUCUCCAACAGCGAGAUCGAGAAGGUCAAAGAGCUGGCCAAACCCAGGCUGCGCCGGGCCACCAUCUCCAACCCCAUUACUGGUGUGCUGGAGACCGCCCACUAUCGCAUCAGCAAGAGGCGCGCCACCGUGCAUGACCCCCAAACAGGGAAACUCACCACGGCCCAUUACAGAGUCUCCAAGAGUGCGUGGCUAACCGCCUACGAGGAUCCAGUAGUGGACAAGAUAAACCAGCGCAUUGAGGACAUCACCGGCCUGAAUGUCAAGACAGCAGAGGAGCUGCAGGUGGCAAAUUACGGCGUGGGCGGGCAAUACGAGCCCCACUUUGACUUUGGACGGAAAGAUGAACCAGAUGCGUUUAAAGAGCUGGGCACUGGGAACCGCAUCGCCACCUGGUUAAUUUACAUGAGUGACGUGCCAUCAGGGGGCGCCACUGUCUUUACAGAUGUGGGCGCUGCAGUGUGGCCCAAAAAGGGCAGUGCGGUGUUCUGGUAUAACCUGUUUGCCAGCGGGGAGGGUGACUACAGCACGCGGCACGCGGCCUGCCCCGUCCUAGUGGGCAACAAGUGGGUGUCCAACAAGUGGAUUCACGAGCGAGGCCAAGAGUUCAGAAGACGUUGCACUCUGGACGAGUCUGACUGAUCAAAAGGAAUAAAACACCUUCCUCCUAAUCCUCGUCUUCCUCUUCCAAUCCCUCCUCCUGGACCCACGUGACUCUCGGCGCUGUGGACGCUGACGUGCCCUCUGACCUCUCCACCCCCUUCCUCUCCUUCCUUCUCUCCAAACUCAGCGUUCACUCAGUGGUUCUCUGAGGCUCUGGCUGCUCAUGUGAUCUGUCACAUUUUAUUUUUUAUCUGAGGUGUGUGUGUGUGCGUGUGUGUGUGGGGUUCACCAGUCCCAGUCUGUGCCUUCUGUUGAUGGGUUUUGCACACUCAGACUGCACAGCUGUCUUAAAACCUGGGGAACUUUUAUUUAACUCUCCCACCCUUAACAUGGACCUUUUAUGUUGAUACUAUCGACAAGAUGCUCAAUUAACUAGUUCAGCGUUUCCCAACUCUGGUCCUUGAAUAGCCCAACAGUACACAUUUGUAUUGUAGCCCCCAGACCAGCACACCUGAUUCAACUUGUCAACUCAUCGUCAAGCCCUUGAUAAGUUGAAUGAGAUGUGUUUGUUCAGAACUCCAACGAAAUGGUGUACUGUUCGGAGGACUGGCGGACCGGAGUUGGGAAAACACGGAACUAGAGCAGUCAACACAGCUGCUUCUCCCUUUCAACUUCCUACAACGUGACAUAUUUUCAUGUGCACUUCUCAGAAACCAUUCUUUACAUUGUUGAUGGAAUUUUAUACAGCACACUAUGCACAGGGUCUGGGUUACUAUCGGACUAAGGGAAGGUCUCCGAACAGUGCUUAUGACAAGUGAUUAUCACUGAUUCACUGUGAUAUAUUGACAGAGGAGCUGUGCCAGCCCCCCCCCUCUCCCUCUUUUCCUUCUCUCUCUCCCUUACACCCCUCUUCUCUACCAAGGCCAUGUCUGCCGCGGGGCUAUUUCAGCCCUGAGGUCAUUCACUCCACGACAAACACUACUGCAUCUGCUGCACAGAUAAACACUGACUUUUAAAGCCAAAGGUACACGAUGUCUCUUAGUUUUUCUGCCUCUUCCCCCCCCCCCCGCUCUGUCUCUCUCAACGCGCUCUGUUCCUCCUGUGUCUCCCACUCCUCUCUGCCUUGGGUGAAACACAGUAAACUAAAUGCAGGUACUGACUGUCACCGUUCUAUGUUACCGAAGCAAAGCUCGUACCUGAUCAACUGAUGAUUCAUUGGGUUUGACGAUAAUAGGAUUUCAUCCCUAAAAUGACUGAAUGAAAUAUGAUGCUAAGAAUCGAUAAGAAAUAUUUAUUCGGUGUAUCACUCCAAACCUGGUUCCUCCACUCCACAGUUUAAGCCUAUGCUGACCCUGGGCAGAAUGAUACCUCAUGAGAGGCAGUUGCUGAUUUGUUCAGAGGGUCCCUGGUUCGAGCCCAGGUUGGGGGCAAGGAGAGGGACAGAAGCAACACGGUUACAUGUAUAUCCUCCCAGAUGCAGGUCUUCUUUUUAUUUUGAAUUGUAAUAACGAUGGGAUGUGUGGGGAUAUGUGUUGUACAUGUGAGAUUAAUGUUUUCUACAGAAAUAAAUAUUAUGUUAAGUAAAGAA